UGUUCAGUGCGCAGGCACACGGAGCCGUGGAUUAUGGCCACUUCCUCGGUGUCCAAGGGCUGUUUUGUGUUUAAACCAGACUUCAAGAAAAGAAAGAUCUCUGUGCCAAUCGAGGAUUAUUUUAAUAAUGAGAAACUUGGGUCUGAGGACAGUAAACUUCGAUUUGAAACGUAUCACUUGCUAUGGCAACGGAUGAAAUCUGAAACAGAGCAAUUACAGGAGGAAUUAAAUAAAAAUCUGUUUGAUAACCUAAUUGAAUUUCUGCAAAAGUCCCAUUCUGAUUUCCAGAAGAAUUCAAGAAACUGGGGCUGUCAAAUGAAACUCAGAGAAAUUCCAACUGCUGCUCUUAUUCUUGGUGUGAAUGUCACAGAUCAUGAUUUAAUAUUCAGAAGUCUAACAGAGACUCUUCGGAAUAAUGUCACACCAUAUGUAGUCUCACUGCAAGCUAAGGAUUGUCCAGAUGUGAAACAUUUUUUGCAAAAGUUGACCUCACAGUUGAUGGACUGCUGUGUAGAUGAAAAAUCCAAAGAGACGAGAAGUGUUAAGACCUCCAAAACGACGAACUACUCAAUGGACUCGCUUUGCAGCUGGUACACGACUGCCACACAGACGACAGGCCCCAAACUGCCAAGCAAAAAGAGGACGACCUGUAGCCAAUGGCAGUGUCCUCCUGUUGUGCUUAUCCUGAAGAAUAUGGAGAGCUUCAGCACGAAAGUACUCCAGGACUUCAUAAUCAUCAGCAGUCAGCAUCUGCAUGAGUUUCCACUAAUUCUCAUUUUUGGAAUCGCCACUUCUCCGGUUAUUAUCCACCGACUGCUUCCUCAUGCAGUGUCAUCUCUGCUGUGCAUAGAGCUGUUCCAGUCUCUGCCUUCCAAGGAGCACCUGACAGUAAUUCUUGAUCAGCUGCUUUUUACAGCUCAGUUUCCUUUUAAAAUAAGUAAAAAGGCAUUACAGGUCCUGACCAACAUCUUUUUAUAUCAUGAUUUCUCCAUUCGAAACUUCAUCAAAGGACUUAAGCUUUCUCUACUAGAACAUUUUUAUUUGCAACCCCUGAGUGUUCUGUGCUGUGAUCUCCCAGAAGCCAAAAAAAGAGUAAAAUUUUUCUCGGUUAAUCAAUGUGAAAACAUCCGGCGCCUUCCAUCAUUUAGGAGGUACGUGGAAAAACAAGCUUCAGAAAAGCAAGUUGCACUGUUGACCAAUGAGACAGUUUUAAAGGAGGAAACUCAAUUAUUACUGGAAAACUUGCAUGUUUAUCAUAUGAAUUACUUCCUUGUUUUGAGAUGUCUUCAUAAUUUUACCUCUUGUCUUCCCAAGUACCCACUGGGUCGGCAGAUCAGGGAGCUAUAUUGCACAUGUCUGGAAGAUAAUGUGUGGGAUUCCGAGGAGUACACUUCAGCCUUGCAGCUGCUGAGGAUGCUGGCAAAGGAUGAACUGGUGAGCGUGCUUGAGAAGUGCUGUGAGGUUUUGAGUUCCUUUGCUGAAAAGCAGCUUGGCAGCACAACACAAAAAGUAAAGGAUUUCCUGACCCAGUUUCAGAACCUUGAUGAUAGCAAAGAGGAAGAGGAUGCUUGUGGAUCCCAGCCAAAGGGGCUGCAGAAAACAGACCUCUAUCACCUUCAGAAGUCCUUACUGGAAAUGAAGGAAUUAAGGAGAACAACUAAGAAGCAAACCAAGUUUGAAAUGCUCAGAGAAAAUGUUGUGAACUUCAUCGACAACCUGGUGAGAGUUUACCUUCUGCCUCCUGAGAGCCAGCCUUUGCAUGAGGUAAUAUACUUCAGUGCUGCCCACACACUCCGUGAGCACUUAAAUGCUGCUCCACGAAUUGCCCUCCACACCGCACUCAACAAUCCUUAUUAUUAUCUUAAGAAUGAAGCACUGAAAAGUGAGGAAGGCUGCAUUCCAAACACUGCCCCCGACAUCUGCAUCGCAUACAAACUGCACCUAGAGUGUAGCCGGCUUAUUAACCUGGUCGACUGGUCAGAGGCUUUUGCAACAGUUGUGACAGCUGCUGAAAAAAUGGAUGCAAAUUCUACAAGCUCAGAAGAAAUGAAUGAAAUAAUCCAUGCUCGAUUUAUUAGAGCUGUUUCUGAACUAGAGCUUUUGGGCUUUAUAAAACCUACAAAACAGAAGACUGACCAUGUAGCAAGGCUGACAUGGGGAGGCUGCUAAAAAGCAAAUAAGUGAAGACAGGUGUUCCACAUCAGACACGCUACCAGAAGAAACUGCUGCUGAGCUGAGUUUAACCAAAAAGUGCACUGCUAACCUGAAAUCAGUGCAUCAAAACAACUUUGGAGUACUUCAAAUCUGAUCAACAAAUGCAUAAAUGACUAAAAGCUUCUACACAAUGUAACUAUACUUGCUACAGUUAUUACUAAAUUCUAAACAAAGCAUUGAGUGUACAGUGUAUAAAUGACACACUUUCUUAUCCAGAGUAAGUUACUUACACUUGGUCAGCAGUACUCAUGCCUUUCUCUAGAUACUUCACUCCUCACACUAUGCGUAUUGUAUAAAAUAAAAACAGGUGUUUUUCUUGCUGUUUGGCUUUACAUUUAAUGUCAAAAUAUUCACAUGAACAGUUGAAGAUACCCACAGCACAGCUAGUAAAGGCCUUCACAAAGUGUACCCAAGCUCACAAAACUCAGAAAUAUAAAGACCCGGAUAAAAUAUCAGGAUCUCUUUCAUGCAAAGAACUCAAGGAUUGGACACCUAAAGCUUACUUAAUGUUCAACACCCCCCCCCCCCCAAAGAAUUUAGAGACGGAUGCCAAAAUUGCCUUACAGGUGAUUCAGAGAGCCCAUGUUCAGGGGAAAAACAAAACUCUUUAAAAAGCCUUCACAGCCGGGUGGUGCUGGCGCACUCUGUUAGACAACCUGGCCUACAAGAGCUCGUUCCAGAACAGGCUCUAAAAACCUGGAGUUAGAGUCAGCUGUUGAUUCCCCCAGAUGUGGGUGCUGGGAACUAAACUCAGGCCUGCGCUGAGAGCAAAAUUCAUUUUAAUCCCUCAACACAGAUGUAUGUAUUCCAGAUAAAACUGAGAAACUGAUUCCCCAGGCCUGCUUGCCUGCCUCAAGUUUAUGAUCUCCCCCAAGUGCUGAGAUUAUAAAGAAAGGCUUUUACCAUUAUGCCUAGAUCAGAAAAUGUUUCUUUAAGCAAUACAACAUUUUAUGCAUGUAAAAUACAGAGGCUGGUCUUAACACCGUUAACUGGCAGAUUUUUAUCUUGCAAAGGCACAUGUUCUUUUCCUAAGUGUUUACCUACAUUUGUACAUGCCAUAUGCAUGCUGAUUUUCUCUGCCAUCUAAGAUUAGGAGCAGCACAACAGGAACUGUUCUCAUAAUAUCAAAAAUACUUGUCAUACUAAACCAUUAAAAUGAUGUGUUAUAAUUACUUGACAUUCUCGAAAAUUCAGCCCUUAGCUGAGGAAAACUGAAACCUCAACUAGCUUAGAAUUAGGGCAUUCAUUCGGAUUAUUUCUCUUGUUUUAAUGAAAUACUAAUCUGAAAUCUUAAAGUACUUUGUUAAAGAAAUAUCAAGCAUGUGCUGUGUAUCUGCUCCUUCCGAGAUACUUCAUAAAUCAAAGAGCCUUGUCUUCCUCAUACUUUAGCAAGUGGUAGAAAACAACAAUGGGGUAAGAAGUAGGCUUGCAUUGUAUUCUUAAAGAAUGGUCAGAGCAAAUCUCACUUGAGCAAAACUAUAAAGAGUUAAAAAAAAAAAAAAACCUACCCACCUGACCCAUGAAAGUGC